GCACUUGAGCGCCGCGGCCUUCCGGGGAGCGCGGGAGCCGGGCGGCCACCUGUACGCAGUGCCCCGGGAGCAGCGCCGCCCGCCAGUGUCCCCGCCGCGGCCGUCGCUCUGGAGGCCGAACCGUCCCGCGCCGCCGAGUGUCCCCGCCAUGAAGCCCAACUUCACCCUGCGACUGAGGGUCUUUAACCUCAACUGCUGGGGCAUUCCGUACCUGAGCAAGCAUCGCGCCGACCGCGUGAAGCGCCUGGGAGACUUUCUAAACUUGGAGAGCUUCGACCUAGCUCUGCUGGAGGAGGUGUGGAGUGAACAGGACUUCCAGUACUUGAGACAGAAGCUGUUGCCCACCUACCCAGCUGCACACUACUUCAGGAGCGGCAUCAUUGGCAGCGGUCUCUGUGUCUUCUCCAAACACCCGAUCCAGGAAUUCACCCAGCAUGUCUUCACCCUCAAUGGCUACCCCUACAUGAUCCAUCAUUGUGACUGGUUCUGUGGGAAGGCUGUGGGGCUGCUGGUACUCCAUCUAAGUGGAUUGGUGCUCAAUGCCUACGUGACCCACCUCCAUGCUGAGUACAAUCGACAGAAGGACAUUUACCUAGCACAUCGCGUGGCCCAAGCUUGGGAAUUGGCCCAGUUCAUCCACCACACAUCCAAGAAGGCUGAUGUGGUUCUCUUGUGUGGGGACCUCAACUUGCACCCAAAGGACCUGGGCUGCCGCUUGCUGAAAGAGUGGACCGGGCUGCAUGAUGCCUAUCUGGAGACCCGGGACUUCAAGGGUUCUGAAGAAGGCUGUACAAUGGUACCCAAGAACUGCUACGUCAAGCAACAGGACCUGGGGCCAUUUCCCUUGGGCAUCCGCAUCGACUAUGUACUUUAUAAGGCAGUAUCUGGGCUAUACAUCUCCUGUAAGACUCUCAAAACUACUACAGGCCAUGACCCUUACAGCGGCCCCCCCUUCUCUGAUCAUGAGGCCCUGAUGGCUACCCUGUGUGUGAGACACAGCCCCCCCCAGCACAACCCCAGCCCUACCCAUGGACCAGCAGAGAGCUCGCCAUUGACCAGUGUGCUAAGGGAGGCCUGGGCAGAAGUGGACCAGGGCAUGGCUCAGGCUCGCUGGUGGGCCACCGUGGCCGGCUAUGCAAUUGGGCUAGGGCUUCUUCUCCUGGCGUUGCUGUGUGCCCUGGCGGCCGGAGGAUGGAUCAGGGAAGCUGCUCUACUGCUCUGGACCCCCAGUGUUGGACUGGUGCUGGGGGCAGGUGCCUUCUACCUCUUCCACGUGCAGGAGGCCAAGAGCUUGUGUAAGACCCGGACCGAGCUUCAGCAUGUGCUGGGAAGGGCAAGGGAGGCCCAGGACUUGGGCCCAGAAUCCCAGCCAGCCCUGCUUCUAGGGCAGCAGGAGGGAGACAGAGUUGAGGAACAAUAAAGCUUGACACUUUUGUGGCUCGGCUUA